CUGCGGGACCGAGCCGAGCCGAGCCGGGCCGAGCGGAGCGGAGCCGAACCAGGACGGAACCGAGCGGAGCCGAACCGAGCCGAACCGAGCCAGACCGGACUGAACUGAGCAGCGCCCCGGGGGGGUCCGGCCCCGGCCCCGCCAUGCAGUGGGGCUGCGCGGCGCUGCGCCUAUCGCGGGCGCUGUGCCUGCUGCUCUCCGCGCCGCUCUGCGCUCAGGUAUCAUCCCGCAGCCUGCCGUGUCCCAGCGCUGCCUCCACUCAGUCCGGCGAGUGCUGCUCCUGCCCUCCAGGCUUCAGGGCGGUCGUGCCCUGCAGCUUCACCAACACCCAGAAUCACAGCGCGGUAGAGCCGGACCCCGAGUGCCAGCCUUGUCCCCAGGGAUCCUUGGAGGAGGAGCACAGUGCCCAGGCGCCCUGCCUGCCCUGCAAACCCAGCUGUGGGCCUGGCCAAGUGAUGCGCCGUGCAUGCAGCCACCUCUCUGACACACUCUGCAUGGAGAACGAACUGCAGAUCCCAAAAGGGGCCGAAGGAAACCCCCCCAAGGAGGGCAGCGCAGACCCCACCGCCUCAGCCACCUCCGCCUCCACCUUUGUCCCUCCCCUCCCUGAAGACGUGGGGCAGAACAUCAUCCCCGUGUACUGCUCCCUCCUGGCAGCCGUGGUGGUGGGUCUGCUCGCCUACGUGGCCUUCAAGUGCUGGCACACGUGCAGGCAGAAGCAGCAGCUGGCCAAGGCACGAGCAGCAGAGCUGGGGACGGCGGCCGAGGGCGAGAAGCUGCACAGCGACAGCGGGGUCUUCCUGGACACACACAGCCUGCAGGAGCCACACCAGAUCGGCAAGGCAUCCCGUCUGGAAGCCCGACCCUACAGCACGGUACCACAGCAGCGACGGGAGGAGGUGGAGCAGCUGCUGGAGAGUGGUGGUCCCAGCGGGGACUGGCGUGGGCUGGCUGCCCGCCUGGGCUAUGGGGAUGAGGCCAUCGGCACCUUCGCCCGCGGGCAGGCGCCCACCCGCACCCUGCUCAGCACGUGGGCAGCCACAGAAGGAGCCACGGUGGAAGCCCUGUGUAGGGCUUUGGCUGCUAUGGGACGGCAGGACGUGGUUGAGUGCCUGGCGGGGCCGGGGGAUGCCAGCUCAGUGGUGUGACCCCAUAGGGUGAAGAGGAGGAGGAGGUGGAUGGGAUGUGGGGAUGUGUGGUCCAGUUGGAUGGGUGAGCCCUUGGCCACCAGCAGCUUUAUCCUGCCCUAUACUAUGUUGUGUUUUUAAGUCGUUUUUUGUACUUUUGGGAGGGGAAGGGGGGAAAUGACCUUUUUUUUGUAUUAUGGGGUCCCAUUGGGGAUGGGGCAUUGUGUGCUUGUUGCAUGCGGUGGUUGCAUUAAACAGCCAACCUGCC